AUGCACAACACUAAGCCCGGUCCACCAGGUCCAGUGCCGGGAGUCGCACAAGACCCCAAUCCCCUCUCCGUCAUAGCUGCCACAGACGCUGCUGGCGGGGCUGCGCAGCCAGACCACCGCCCUGAGAGCGAGGAUGCGGGGCCCAAAGUACCACCGCAGCAUCAGCGAGUGAAAUUGAGCGACUUUGCUCUUGUCCGAACCCUCGGUACCGGCACCUUUGCACGAGUCUGUCUUGUGCGCCCGGCUGUUGGGAACGACCAAGAUAAAGAGCAGGUUUUCGCCUUGAAGAUCUUGCGAAAGACCGAAGUCAUCAAACUCAAACAAAUCGACCACGUUCGGGACGAGCGCCGAAUCCUAAGCGAUGUCGCCGGCCACCCCUUUAUCACGAGGCUAAUCACAACCUUCUCCGACCACGACUCUCUCUACAUGUUGCUGGACUAUAUACCUGGCGGAGAACUAUUCAGCUACUUGCGGAGGCAUCGCCGAUUCCCAGAAGAAUGGGCGCAAUUCUAUUCUGCCGAAAUUGUCUUGGUGCUCGAGUUUUUACAUGAGCAUCAAGGCGGCGUAGCAUACAGAGAUCUCAAGCCUGAGAAUCUACUUCUGGAUGGCCAGGGCCACGUCAAAUUAGUAGAUUUUGGUUUUGCGAAGAGGCUGGGGAGUAAAGAUGAUAGGCCAGUCGAGACAUACACCCUUUGCGGAACCCCUGAAUAUCUCGCGCCCGAGGUAAUCCAAAAUAAAGGGCACACCACAGCUGUCGAUUGGUGGGCCUUGGGAAUACUGAUAUACGAAUUUCUUACGGGGUAUCCUCCUUUUUGGCAUCAAAAUCCCAUUGAAAUUUACAAGCAGAUCAUUGAAAAGCCAGUUCUCUUCCCUCAAGAGCCGCCCAUUUCUCCGAAUGCGCAGCAUAUCAUUCGUUCCUUUUGCACGGUAGACCGCUCAAGGCGCUUAGGGAAUAUCAGCGGCGGCUCCCAACAGGUCAAAUCUCAUCCAUUCUUCCACGGCAUCGACUGGGAAGCUCUAUACCAUCGCCAGAUCCGCCCGCCCAUACAGCCGAACGUGCGAUAUCCUGGGGACGCACAGUGCUUUGACGUAUAUCCUGAAGAUGACGGAAAGAGGGAACCAUAUACUGAGUCCAUGAUUGAACAGUUCGACCAUCUAUUUAAUAGUUUUUGAAAAUGAGAAGAAGAAAAAAGAAAGAAAAAACAUCACAAAA